GUCGAAUGUUAUCGUCAUUUCAUCGCUUAUCCCAUGUUUUACCUUCAUUUCAUGGAAUUGUAGGAACAAACUUCAGGGCGGCAAGGAUGGCUCCAGGUAGUCAAGCCAUGCAUCUCCCGAGGUCCUGGAUCGUCUGAUCUGGUCAACGUUAAACAAGCCAGACAACAACUUGUGUAUCGUCAAGGGGCAUGUCAACAUCUCUGUUGUGUCUCCCGACCCAUGUUCGUGGCUUUUGUUGGCUUUUCGAGGCUCCUCACGAACACAGUUCCGAAUCCUGCACAACCAAAACCGGUCAUUCUCACCACCUCACCAGCCCCAGUUACCGGUCAGGUUCACACGAGCGACUACACGAGCGACUGCGGCGUACGACGUCCGACAGAUAACAAGCACUCGAAAGUCAAGCAAAAGCUCAACGGCAUACCCCAACUUCGCCUCACUUUUAUCAAGACCAAUUUUGCGACUCCUAGUAUCACUGGUCACACUAGUGAUCCCACGAUGGCACCCGUUACGGAUCCAUUUCCUGUCCCUGGCUUGGAAGGCUUGAUCUUGAAGAACUGUAGAUUCUUCAGCAGCCCAGACACCGAGUUAUCUCUCGUGGUCGCCAAAAAACAAGGCCAAUUCAGAGCCGUGGUGCUGCAGUCCAAGGAGAACUUCAGGGGCCCUCUCCUGGUCGAAACGGGACCGACUAUCUACUGGGUUCUUCACUCAUUGAUGGUCAAGUCGGCAGAAUCCGUACAGAACUACAUCCAGACCAGCGGGUACUCGAUCGUUCCCAGAACCAGGGAAACCAAAGCCGACAAGGAGGCUCAUGGCUCCGUUGACUCAGAGCAUGGGUUUGACGAUAACCAAGGGCACGAUGCUGAAUCGGUCAUCUCCAGGUCUACUUCAUGUCCUACAUACACCAGUCAAUCUGUCCUCGGACCAUCAAAACCUCCUGUUAAGCGGCAUAACAUGCCAUAUCAUAACCGUAUGAACGGCGCGUCUGGUGUUGAUUUCCCUCCUCUGCCGCCUCCACCGCCAGGGUGGCCUCUUCGGAAUAUGGGGUUGACUGGUGGAAUUGGGAAUGGAGUGAGCCACGCAUCUCCUCCUUAUCAUCCUCCUCCUCCGCCACCGCCGCCCCUGCUUCCCGAUGGCUUUGCUAGUGCGGGAUCUGGAAAAGAACCAUGCUGGUCAUUUCAGCAGCUCAACAAUUUCCAGUCUCAGAAUAGGAGUUGUCAUGGACAAGCGAUGAGGCCGACGGACCAGUACUUCAGACCUGGUAGUAUUCAGCAUGUGCAAUUGCUGUCACAAUCACUUCCUGCUACUACGGCUACCCAGCCAGUACCGCCGGCUUUGUCAGCAAUUGGUGAUGCUGUACCUGGAAGUAAUCCCAAACCCAAUGGUCAUUCGUUAAAGCCAGAGCAGUCCCAAUAUCAUAUACCGCCGCCACCACCACCGCCGCCUCCCUUUCCACCAAUGUCUCGAGUUGUCAAUCAUGUCUACGGUUCAGCACCCUGGCACGUCCAGAGAUCGAGGGCAUAUACCACAGCUGGAAUCAUUCCUCCUCCACCACCACCACCACCACUUCCUACUUCCAUUCAUGUACCCGCCUCUUCCUCUACCUCUUCCUCUUCCUCGGCAACAACCACCAUAACACCCAAUGCUUCUCCAAAUUUACCGUCUGUUACAUCCCGCCUUUUCCAAGGGGCAUCUAGCACCAUCUCCUCUUCCCCUUCUGCCCCUUCCAUCUCCACCUUUUCUUCCCCCAACCCCACCGCCAACCAGAACUCCAUCACAAUCCCAUGCUCCUCCUGUGGCGACAGCAACAAGAACAAGCCUACCUCUACCACCCCACCAGUCCUCAUAACCAUAAACUUUGCCUCCCAAAUCGACGGCCCCUCCCGCCUCACCAUCCUGUGUUCUCUUCCCCGCCUUACCGUUGCCGCAAUUCAAGCUGUGGCUCUUGAAGCCAUUGACAGACACAGUUUAUCUCUGAAGGGUUUUGCCUCGAACCAAGGGAAAGAGGGAAGAAAAGAUGAAAGCAAAGUAAGGAUCAGUGCUAUCAAAGCCAUAUUACCUGUAUGUGGUGCUGCGUCUAGCGAUCAGUCCGUUGAUGAUGAGCCAACAAGUGAAAGUGAUUCAGGGAGGAGCAAAUGGAGGAGGGAAAGCAAGGUGGUGGAUAUAACUGAGUUCGAUAAGGAUACACAACUGGGAUUUUUGUUCGAUCAUUUUCAUCAUCAUCAUCAUCAUCAUCAUCAUCAAGAAAAAAACAUAAAUGGAAAGGAUAAAAGUGAGGUGGUCAUGGCUAGGUUUGAAGUCGAGGUGGUUGUUGAGCAUGAGCGGAGUGACGAGCGCGGUGGCUCUAUGUCUUCGUGGUCGCCUGCUGCUACUUUUGGAGCUAAGGGGGGUAGGCCGAGACCGGCAGGAGCAGGACUGAUGGGUUCAAGUUUUCCCGGUACGAUGCCUCCUCUUGGUCCUGGGGGGCCAUGA